AUGUGCGAAACACCGAAAAUCGAAAUCAAGGAUCCCAAAACAGAGCCGUUUGGAUUCAAUGAAUCACCACAUUGCUCUGAUGAUGAGUACGAGAAUUACGAGCCGAAAAAUAGUGACGAAUAUGAGCUCAAGCCGAAGAAGCGGCACAUUUCCGGAAUCGGACAGCUCGUCUGCAAGUUGAGGCACAAUGCGCCGACUGUCAAGAAAGAGCGAAUCAUUCUCGGAGCUGAUGGAAAACAAAUAACCAAACGUCAUAUGAAUAAGGCAACCCUAAGGCCGCUUGAUGAGAUGAUCAAAGCUGAAGCUGCCUUUAAUUUUAAUGGGUAUGACAGAAAUAACUUCUACGUUCAACCGAUUGUCAACUAUGAAAUUGCGGUUGCGCCAACGAUGAGUGUCGAUGAGUUGCGAAGUCUUGUCCGAAAGAAUAUGAUACGCUGCAAAGUCUGCAAGAAUCGUUUUGGCGAGGUUCACAUUCUCGAGAGACAUCUUCGCGAUUUCCAUCCGACCGCUUAUGAGAAGUAUCUGGAAGAGCAAAUGAAGCAGACUCAAGAGCAGAUAGAAAUCGAUAGAGAGAGACAGAGAAUUGAGGAGCUUCUGAGUGGCGGCUUCAUUCCACCACAAUCUGAAGUUGAUGCCCAUAUUAAUGAUGUGGAAUUAAACGAAAUACCACUUCCUGGAGAGAAUUCCAAUGGUUACGUGCCGAGACUCAAUCAAUACGGGGCUGUUGUCAAGUUGCAAGAUACUCUCAACAUGAAGUUUCCGUUUGUCAAAAAAAGAUCGCCGCAAUGCCCAUUCUGCGACAAAAGAUUUCGCAAUGAUAUCUCUUUCAACAAUCAUAUUGCCAAGAAACAUCCGGAAUGCGCCGAAUUCGUUCAAUGUCUUCAUUGUUUCAAGUGUCUGCCGAGCAAGGAGGAUCUUGAAAGGCCGGAUUCUCAUCACUGCGAUUUGACAUACAUGUGUUUGGAAUGUAGACCAAUACGAAACAUGUGCACCGAAAUGCGUCUUAUGAAGCAUCGCGGAAAAUUUCAUCGCGGAGCUAACUCCGGAUUCCGAUGCAUGGAUUGCAAUCAGAAAUUCUUGACGCCGAGAAAGCUUCGAAAACAUCGAAAGAUGGCCCAUGUGUUCUCAAGAACCUACCAAUGCCACUUUUGUGAUGAGUUGUUCAUUUCGGAGACCGCUGUUACUGUGCACGAGCGCAUUCACACGGGAAUUUUGAAAUUUGAGUGCCUUGUCUGCGAUCAAAAGACUAACCGUUACAUGCAGAUGGAAGAACAUAAGAAGGAACAUCAUGGAUUCGUGUGCUCGGUGUGCCAGGAGAAGUGUUCAUCAUGGAACGAGAUGAAAGAUCACACAUUCUCUGAGCAUGGCGGAUAUAUGACCGAGGAAUCGAAGCACGCCUACGUCGAUUCACCGCGCACUUGGAUUAUGUACAAGGGAGAUUGA